AUGGCUGCUAAAAUUGCUGCUUCUCCUAGUUCUCCAGUAGAGGUAUGGGCGUGCUACUGGUCCCUGAAUGCCUCGAGAAUGAUGUACGAGGAAAUCUUAGGCACGGAGAUAAGGUUUUUUAAGCCUAAGAAAUCCUCGGUCAAACACGAUGAAAUUCAUACGCUGCUCUGCCUUGUGAAUUAUCCAGGCAAUAUGCGGGUGAUCUGGAACAACACUAAGGGAUUUCCACCCUCCUUGAUCACCUAUCUUGGGUCUGUUGGUGCUUUUUCUCCAGGAUCAUCGACGGUACCGGUGUGGAGUGAGGAUUGCAAAUUGUCAUUCGUAGACAGUUACGUACGGCUGGUGAAGAAGGCUCACCACAAGAAACAACAGCCAAUGUAUCCCCUAGGCAGUUCUGAGAUCCAAAGUCACCCUUUCGCUGUCUGGACUGGCGGAACUUCGGGCGGCCGAGAAGUAAUCAUGGUUUUCGGGAAGUGGAGUGCGGCUGAUGUUCUUCGAUUGUCCCAACACUAUUCCCUUCGACGCCGAUGGGAACGACUUGUCGCUUGCCAUGAAUGGAUUUACCAUGAUUUAUUCACUGUUCUUUCAGACUGGGUAAACAUCCGGAAUGCUGCUGCUAGGGAGCUGAGAGACCGAAGUAUUGAGGUCAAUCAAGAGACUUUCACUGGCAAUGUGCUUCAACGUAUGCGGAGGUUGAAUCGGGCCAUGGCAACCAACAUCCUCUUACGGGAGUCCUUGUUGAUACAACAGAGCUCACUUAAGGAAAUUAUAGCUCUCGCGUCCGAGAGAUAUACUGAAUUUCGAGGCCUGGGAGAGGACGCUGCUGAGAUAAGCUUUAUUUCCAGGUGUAUCCAGGUGGACAAAACUUUGAGUCACGACCUUUCUGUUAUUCAGGGAAUUCUUGAGCAACUGCAGAACCUGAUGACCAUGAUAAUUUCGGUUGAACAAAUUUCGACUGGCCAGUCAGUGGCUCGACUAACUUACUUGGGCUUUGUUUUUCUCCCACUUUCUUUCGUCGCUGCCAUAUUUGGCAUCACGACUUUCACUGCCAGUCCCAAAUGGUACCCCGUUGGAGCAGUCUCUGCACUUCUGGUCACUAUCAUAGUUGCUCUAUGUACGCCAUAUCUGCUGUCAGCAUGGAGCAGUAAAUCAGCAACUCUGGGAGGUUAUUUGUCUCGAGCAAAAGAGCCAGAAUAUCUGGACGUGGCCGAAAGGGGGCGGUCGUUGAGCAGAGUAGCCUCAUCCAGGGGAUCUGAGAUCCUCUAUACUCGCCGUGACGGAUCAUGGCCACGUUCUGGUGUGGAUGGAUCCUAUGGCUUGUCGGUUCCAAUUUUCUCCGAGGCACUGCAUCUGGACAAACCUGAUACUGUGGUCUUACCAGCAAUAUUGGUGGCAAAUAAUGGGAGUAAAUCUCCUGAACGGGUCAGGUUGUCAUCGACUAAGACGGCCCACACAGUCUAA